AUGUCCAGUAGCAGUCGCCUUUCCCUGGUUCAUGGGAGCCCAGGAACAGAAGACAGUGAUCAUCUUAGCCAAGACUUACCGAGCACUGUUCAAUAUAACCGACAAGAAAGUAGCCAUUCAAUGACUAGCUCGUCCAGACUUCAAGCAUACAGCGACGCAAUAUUCUCUAUCAUCGCAACAGUUAUGAGUUUUGAAUCCACUUUUAUGACAGUACUAGCUCUGCUGUUGGUGGCGUACUUACUCUCUUUUUUCGUUGUUAGUGCAGCAUGGGCUGGUCACGUCUGGGUGUUUCAAACUAUCGCAAAAGCAGAUGAUGUCAUAGUACUCCUUAAUUUAUUUACUUUAUAUGGAUUAUUUGCAAAUUACUUCAUUCCAAUACUGGUAUUCUGUCUCAGUGUUAUCCUCAUAGGAUUUCUGCAGGCUCUCAUUGUACUGUAUGCAUUUAAGUAUGAUAGUAAGAUAUUAACGGCAGAUUUAAACGCAAACCCAGAAAAGAAUAAGACAAAACGAGGUCUGCUUCAAGUUAUAUUAACAAAUCCUGCCAUAUGUGUGGUAUCACUUUUGCUGUCUGCGAUAAGCUACUCACUUAGUCAUGUUGCCAUACUGUUGAUACUAUUUGGACAACCGCUCCGAAAAUUGGUUUUCAGUAUCUACAAUAAGUGUAAAAAAUGUGGUCAAGCAAAUAUGCCACAUUUGGAGUACAUACCAGACAAAUACACACAAGAGAAGCUUUCCAUGGAGCGCAUUGAAGCAUUCAGUGAUGGCGUGUUUGCAAUUGUCGCAACACUUAUUAUCCUGGAUAUAUGUUCUUCAUGUAAAUAG